AUGCCGUCGAUACUCAACGAGGACGACAAGGAUACUGUCAAGCGGUUUGUCCCCAAGCAGUCCAACAAGAUCCAGGCGGUCGGAGUCGCUAGGCUCUACGUCGCAUACCCGAACCGAUCAAAAUGGACCUAUUCGGGGCUUCAAGGUGCCAUCGUGCUGGCCAAUGACCUGGUUGGCAAUACGUAUUGGCUUAAGAUGGUGGACAUUUCGCCCGCCAACCGUGGCGUCAUUUGGGAUCAGGAAAUCUACGAGACCUGGCACUACCACCAAGACCGUACCUUCUUCCAUACCUUUGAGCUUGAAGAUUGCUUAGCAGGAUUAAGUUUUGUUGACGAAAAGGAAGCCAAGCAGUUCAGGAAGAAGAUGGAUGAGCGGGAAAAAAACGCCAGCCGAGCUACGAAAUCAACCCCCUUUGGAGGAGGCUCGCAACCCGUCCACAAGCACAGCUUGCUGGGCAGCUUUUUUGGUCAUCGUCACUCGUCUGCCCCGUCGCCUACUGAAUCAACGAGGCCCAGUCUACUGCCGCAUCCGUUUCACCACCACUCGCCUUCGUCCUCACAAAGCAUGGAUGGCGGGAUUGUGCCGUCGCAGUUUCCCUUACUAGAUGCCUUUGAUCCGUUGUGGAGGGAACAUUUUGGACGGGAUCUUACCGAAAAAGGUCUUACUGAUGAUUUCAUCAAGGAUAACCAAGAGUUCAUUGUCGAUUUCCUGCGAGAGGAGGAAGCCAAGUUGAAUAAACCCUCACUCACGCCGCCGCCGCCAGCGGUCUCUGCGCCUACGAAUGGAGGGGAUUCAAAAGUUGCCAGGGCACCACCUCCUCCGCCGCCAGGUAGUGUCUCGUCAUCAUCCUCAUCCACGAAACGAGGAGCGCCUCCACCUCCACCGGCCCCGAGGCGAUCUGCUAAAGCUGAUGGAUCACCAAGAGAAGCAAGCCCUCCUCCUCCGCCAUCUCCUCCCCGUCUCAGAUUCAAUGCUCCUCCGCCGUUGCCAGACGCAGGAAAAUUCGCAAACGUCGAGCAGCCGAGGCGGAAGCCAAUCUCAACACCAACGGCGUCAGUGCCGGGCCCUCUCCCGCCCCCUCGCCCGGCCAAGACACCCAUCGAACCCGAGAUCUCUAGCCACAAAUUCCCUGUUCCUCCCGCCGUCCAACGCCUUCUUCCUCCGACUCCAAAUCGUGGGCCGGUGCCGCCGCCGCCCCCCCCUCGAUCAAAUGACUCCCAUUCAGCACCUCCCGCUCCUCCGCCAUUACCUCCCAAGAUACCACCAGCCAGCAGUGCUCCGCCGCCUCUGCCACCAUCGAGCUCGAGACCUAUGCCUCCUCCCGCCGCUGUCAGCAUCCAUCCGCCUCCCCCACCAUUGCCCACGUCGAAUGCUCCUCCGCCCCUGCCCUCAUCGAGCGCCCCUCCGCCUCCCCCGUUACCCUCAUCGAAUGCUCCUCCUCCUCCACCCAUGCCAUUCAGCGGUCCGGCAGCUCCUCCGCCUCCUCCUCCGCCUCCUAUGCCAUCUUCAAGCGGAGCACCUCCUCCUCCGCCUCCCCCCCCACCUAAUCGCGACUCAGGCUACUCCUCUGGUGUCCCAGUCGGCGCCCCGGCAGCAGCUGACAAGGGUCGAGCCGCCAUGCUGGGCGAUAUCCAAAAGGCAGGAGGUAUCGGGUCCCUCAAGAAAGUUGACAAGACUCAAAUCCGGGACAGAUCCGCCGCACAGGUCGGCGGAGGCGGUGACUCGGGAAGCGCCGGUUCACCAGCUGCUGCUGGCGCCGCUGCUGGUGGAGGCGGCAUGGCGGACGCCUUGGCUGCAGCGUUGAAGAAGAGAAAGGAUAAAGUUUCCAAGAGUGAUGACGAAGGUGAUGAUGAUGACUGGGAUUAA